CCAGAGAUGUCUUCGAGGUCUUUUUAGAAGUCCGUAGUAAGUGCGUUAGGUAGCCAGUUGUGCGAAUCAGUUGAAAGAAAGAUGCUGUGCUGCAAGGUUGCUUUAGUGUUCGUAGUUAGUCUAAUUGCAUUAAUCAGCGGGAUGCCUCAAGGUAGCGAAAAUAACCCCCAGAGUCCAUUCUCGCUUCCAUUCGUUCAACUUACAAAUGGUGGAAUCCGAUUCAAUUUGGGCGGCUACCAUGCCCAAGCUGGACUAGGCGGAAGCAAUGGACUUCACGCUGGCGUCGGAACACCUUGGGGUGGCCAUGCGUCCGCUGGUUUGGGUGGCGCAAUCGAUGGCAACAAUGCAAAUCUCGGAGGGGGUCUGUUCGCGAGAGCAGGCCUUGGAAACGGAAGACACGAAGCUGCAGCGGGAUUAGGCGGCGUGAUAGACGGAAGUGGAAGAUCGGGGCCUGGACUGAGAGGAGAAAUCUUCGCCAACACGGGAGCCCGUGCGGUUGGAACAUCAACUGGGAUUCUUAACAGAGGACCAAGCGACAGACGAGACGAUGGAAGUAAUAAACCAGGUGAAGAUGAAGGCGAUAGGGACCAACCAACCAGAGGACAUUCGAAUAUUCAAGUAAUCGCUCGUUCUGGAAAUAAGAAAGAAAAAGUAGUGGAGACAGUGGCUGUGCCGGCAGAAUCUCCAGAGGCUUUUAAGCAAAUUGACUCUUCGUCGAAAAAAGAGAUACAGGAAGCAUUAAACGUUAAACCGCUAUCUAUCGCCGAGGUUAAUCCUGUCUUGUCCAGCGAGACGAAUGAUAUACGCGUUGUUCGACUAACGAAAGUCCUUCCACGUCACCGUAGAAGAAAGUUAUGGGAAUCGAAGAGACAGGUUGAUCAAGAGCAUACAGAUUCGAUAGAGCCACAGGGUAACGCUGAUUCAAACGUUCAAAACAUCCAAACGCGUCAAGCGAUUUAUUAUUCAGACCCUACACCUACGCGAAAAAUAGCGGUAAUGAGGACCAAAAGUCCUGGUUUUUACGAUGACAUAUUUCAGAUACCGAUAUCAACGCUGAACGCUGUUAAUCAACUGUUGAAUAAUAAUGCCGGCUAAGUAAUGACGUCGUGUUGCGUCAAUUUCCUAAUCUCCAUAUAAGCUUUUUACAUUGUAAGACUUAGUGGUAGUGGAAAUAGCUAUCCAUUAAAAAAGAUAUAGAUACGUUGUGUUUAAUUUGUUAGAAUUUUCUUAAUAAAUUAUUCUAAAUUGAA